AUGGCGACAGAGGUUGUGGUUUCCUUUGCGAUUAAAAGGUUCGGUGACAUGCUCAUUCAAGAAGCAAUUUUCUUGAAGGGGGUACGGGGGAAAGUCGAGAGGCUGAAGAAAGAUCUAGGGGCCAUGAAAUGCUUCUUGGAAGAAGCGGAGAUAAAGCAAGAAGAAGAUUUAAGAGUGCGCAACUGGGUUUCUGAAAUCCGUGAUGCGGUUUAUGAUGUUGAGGACAUCAUAGACAUGUUCAUCCUGAAUGCAGAGUCCCUGAGAACAGACUACUUUCACAAGCGUGUCUUCAAGAAGUUGAUAAACCGCCAUAAGGUUGGCAAGAAAAUUGAAGACAUCCAACUUACCCUCCAAUACAUCUCAAAUAGGCGGGAGGCUCUCGGAAUAAAAAAUAUUGGAGAAGGAACAAGCGGUUCGGGUCAAAUGUUGCAGGAUCUAAGACGCUCCUCUCCUCGUGCAGAAGAACGUGUCAUCGUGGGCCUUACACAGGAGGCAGAUAAGCUAGUGAAGCAGCUCACCGUAGGAGACCAAAGGCGCCGCGUGAUUUCUAUGGUAGGAAUGGGCGGCAUAGGCAAAACCACCCUUGCCAAGAAGGUCUAUAAUCAUGAAAAAAUUGUGAAACACUUUCCAGAUUGUCGUGCCUGGAUUUAUGUAUCCCAAGAUUGUAGACCCAGAGAGGCUUAUAUGCAAAUUAUUAACCAGGUUUCUGCACCAACUAAAGAGCAAGCAGAAAUGAUAGAGAAGUAUGGAGAGAACGAGUUGGGGGAUUUCCUUCAUGAUCAUUUGAAGGAGAAAAGAUAUUUGAUAGUUCUGGAUGACGUAUGGACCUGUGCCGAUUGGGAUUUUCUUGCAAAAGUGAGCAGCAACGAUCCUGAUUGCCCUGGAAAUGUUUUUCCCGAUGGGAGUAACGGCAGCAGAUUACUUCUUACAACUCGAUAUAAGGAUGUUGCUUUGCAUGCAGAUGCUCGAACUAUUCCCCAUGAAAUGCGGCUUCUAUCCAAACAACAGAGCUGGAACUUGUUUUUUCGGAAGGCGUUCCUUGAUACUGAUAGCGAGAGAUAUCCUCCAGAUUUGAAGGAACUUGGGGAAGAGAUGGUGGACAAAUGUAAUGGUUUGCCAUUGGCCAUCGUUGUAUUGGGGGGUUUGCUGUCAAGAAAUAUGUCACAUACAGAAUGGAAGCAAGUGCAUGAUAACAUUAGUGCAUACCUUGCUAAAGAAGGCCAAAUGGGAGUAAUGGCAAUGCUAAACCUGAGCUACAUCGACUUGCCCCAUUACUUGAAACCGUGCUUUCUUCAUUUAAGCCACUUCCCAGAAGAUUAUUUGAUCUCCUCAAGAAAACUGCUCCUUUUAUGGACUGCUGAGGGUUUUGUGCCAGAACAAGAUGACGGAAGAAUGAAAGACAUGGCUGAGGUUUACUUGAAUGAGUUAAGCAAUAGAAAUUUGAUUCAAGUAGUGAGAAGGAGUGUUAAUGCAAGGGUUACGAAAUGUCAGGUAUGUGCUGCAACAGGUCAAACAUCAGCGAGCUGUAGGAAGGCUGUCGAAGGGUUAGCUGCCUUUCUAGAAUACUAUAAGUGGUACUGUCCAGUGAAUGCUGCAUCUGAUAAAAUCGUCUCUUCUGUAGCUUCAGUGAUUGGGAGCAAUUCUUCAGAGCUUCCCAAACAAAUGCAGGGUCCUGAUUUUGCUGUGAUUGUCAAUUCUGUAACAUCCAAGAAAGUUGCUGCUUUGAUCACUCUCACUGAGGCCCUGAGAACAAACUGCCUUCUCAAGCGUGCCUUCAAAAAGUUGAUGAGCCUCUACGAUGUUGGCAAGAAAAUUGAAGCCAUCCAACAUAGCCUCCAAGACAUCUCAAAGAGGCGGGAAGCUCUCGUAAUAAAAAAUGUUGGAGACGGAACAAGCCAUUCAGCUCAGAUGCUGCAGGAUCUUAGACGGUCCUCUCCUCAUGCAGAAGAACAUGUUAUUGUGGGCCUGAAAGAAGAAGCAGAUAAUUAA